GGCACACUCAAACCUGUCGCUACUUGUGUAUUAGUCAGAUGAAGUUUGAGUGGUCGGUUGCGUCAGCUACUGCGCAAGAUUAUUUGAAUGACAGAAUCAAUGAAGCUGGUCCAUUUCAAGAUGACUGGACUGAACUUUCAAAUUUCCACUCCAAGAAAUUGUGGCAUCAAUUAACGCUAAAACUUGAAUGUCUGCUGAAAAAUCCUGAAUUCCGGUCGAAAACAAAUUUAAUUCUGCUCAGUAGCAAUUUUCUCGGCGAUUUUAUAUACAAAAUAAAUCCACUCUCUUUAGCUGAAUUAUGCGUUCCGAUUAGUGAGCAGUAUGUAAUUACAGAUCCGCAGCAGGGUAUCAAAUUCCUCGAAGAAGUUCGUGAUGAGUUUUCUGGCAAAUCCAUGGACGCGAAAAUACUAUUUAACACAACUAUUGGAAUGAUUUACUUGACAGCACUUAAUGAUCUGCCGAGUGCUCGUCAAAUAAUUGAGAAUACACAAAGUCAGUUAGAUGAAAUUGAAGGUGUUACUACAGUUCACUCAAGGUUUUAUCAGCUUAGUUCAAGAUAUUAUCAGAUUACUGGACAACAUGCUGAAUUCUAUCAAGAAGCACUUCGUUUUCUCGGUUGUGUGGAUUUAAACAGUCUGAGUGUUGAAGAACAAAGAGGAUGGGCGUUUUCCGUUGGUUUGGCAGCUAUUCUUAGUGAUGGUGUUUACAGCUUUGGCGAACUCCUGACGCAUGAUGUCUUGAAAAGUUUACAAGGUUCUUCACAGGCAUGGCUUAUUGACCUACUGCAAGCUUUCAAUAGAGGUGAUUUAAAUCAGUUGGAUCAGCUACGCAGCCGUUGGUGUGUCCAAGCUGAUCUCGUAGCUGCUGAACCAAAAUUAAAAGACAAAGUCACCUUAUUAUGUCUAGUUGAAAUGGUGUUUCGCCAACCAACUAAUAAACGUACGCUUACAUUUGUAGAAAUCUCAUCUACUACCAGAGUCCCAAUUGACCAAGUAAGUUGUACGAUAACUAGAGGGAAAGCUUGAAUUGACGAUACAGUGUCUUAGUAAAUAAUAUUUGAAUGAGUCAUAUCUUUAAAAUAACUGUUGAGUUUGUAUUAAUAUGGUAUUCAGAUAACAAAGUGAGUAAUCGGUUUAAUAAACUUAGAUUUAUGUCUCAUAUUUAGUCUGGUGAAAAUGAACAGUGAUAUUAAUCAACAUUAUUCAGGAUCCCUUCAAGGUUGAACAUUUCUUGAUGAAAGCACUUUCCUUAAAAUUGAUAAAAGGACGUAUUGAUGAAGUUAAUCAAUGUGUUUCUCUUACUUGGUUACAACCUCGUGUUCUUGACAAGGAACAAAUUGGAAGCAUGUGUGCCCGAUUGAAAGAAUGGUCUUCUACAGUUGAAGGUAUGAAAAACCUUGUCGAAGUGGAUACAAAAUCUAUUUUGGCCUGAAAAGUAUUUCGUAUUUAUUAACCCGGUUUCUUGUACAACCGUUUGUAAUCCACCAGCACAUACUUUUAAUAAAUACACUCGAAAAUAUUCUCUUCUGUCAAUCAACAUAUAUUAACAUAGGUCUAUUAUUGCAAUUGUUAAUAUACAAAUUUUAAAUGG